GAGGAGCGUCGGGUCAGGGCGCCAAUCGUGGAGCCGCUCCGCCCCCGGGCUCGGUUUGAAAUUCCGCGGGGGCCUAACGGCUCGCGGAGCCGCGACCCGGAGCCAGGCCGCCGGUGCUUGCGGGAGGUUGCUGCGCUCGGCCCUGCGUGGAGGUCUGGGGCCUCGACGCCAGGCUGCUUGGAGCGUCCGCCAUGAGGAGAAGUGAGGUGCUGGCGGAGGAGUCAAUAGUAUGUCUCCAGAAAGCUCUGAAUCACCUUCGGGAAAUAUGGGAAUUAAUUGGGAUUCCAGAGGACCAGCGGUUACAAAGAACGGAGGUUGUAAAGAAGCAUAUCAAGGACCUCCUGGAUAUGAUGAUUGCUGAAGAGGAGAGCCUGAAGGAAAGGCUCAUCAAAAGCAUAUCCAUCUGUCAAAAAGAGCUGAAUACCCUGUGCAGCGAGUUACACGUUGAGCCAUUUCAGGAGGAAGGAGAGACGACCAUCUUGCAACUAGAAAAGGAUUUGCGCACUCAGGUAGAACUGAUGCGAAAACAGAAAAAGGAGAGAAAACAGGAACUGAAACUACUUCAGGAACAAGAUCAAGAACUGUGUGAAAUUCUUUGCCUGCCCCACUAUGACGUGGACAGCUCGUCCGUUCCCAGCCUAGAGGAGCUGAGCCAGUUCAGACAGCACGUGGCCACUUUGAGGGAGACAAAGGCCUCUAGACGUGACGAGUUCGUCAACAUAAAGAGACAGAUCAUACUGUGUAUGGAAGAACUAGAUCACACCCCAGACACAAGCUUUGAAAGAGAUGUGGUGUGUGAAGAUGAAGAUGCCUUUUGUUUGUCUCUGGAGAAUAUCGCAACACUACAAAAGUUGCUACGGCAGCUGGAAAUGCGAAAGUCACAAAAUGAAGCAGUGUGUGAGGGUCUGCGGGCUCAAAUCCGAGAGCUCUGGGACAGGUUACAGAUACCUGCAGAAGAGAGAGAAGCUGUGGCCACGGUUAUGAGUGGGUCAAAGGCCAAGGUCAGGAAAGCGCUGCAAUUGGAAGUGGAUCGGUUGGAGGAACUGAAGAAGCAGAACAUGAAGAAAGUGAUUGAGGCGAUUCGAGUGGAGCUGGCUCAGUACUGGGACCAGUGUUUCUACAGCCAGGAGCAGAGACAGGCUUUUGCCCCUUACUAUACUGAGGACUACACAGAAAAUCUGCUUCAGCUCCAUGAUGCCGAGAUCGUGCGGUUAAGAAACUACUAUGAGGUUCACAAAGAACUCUUUGAAGGUGUCCAGAAGUGGGAAGAAAGCUGGAGGCUUUUUUUGGAGUUUGAGAGAAAAGCUUCAGAUCCAAGUCGAUUUACAAACCGCGGAGGAAAUCUUCUAAAAGAAGAAAAGCAACGAGCCAAACUUCAAAAAAUACUCCCUAAGCUGGAAGAGGAGCUGAAGGCACGGAUUGAAAUGUGGGAACAGGAGCAUUCGCAGGCAUUUGUGGUGAAUGGGCAGAAAUUCAUGGAGUAUGUGACAGAACAAUGGGAGAUGCAUCGAAUGGAGAAGGAGCGAGCCAAGCAAGAGAGACAACUAAAGAACAAGAAGCAGACCGAGACAGAGAUGCUCUAUGGCAGUGCUCCCCGAACCCCCAGCAAGCGGCGAGGACUGGUACCCAACACACCGGGCAAAGUGCGCAAGCUGAACACUACCACCAUGUCCAACGCUACGGCCAACAGCAGCAUUCGGCCUGUCUUUGGGGGGACAAUCUACCGCUCCCCUGUGUCUCGACUUCCACCUUCUGGCAGCAAGCCGGUCGUCACUUCCACUUGUUCGGGGAAAAAAACGCCCCGUGCUGGCAGGCAUGGAGCCAACAAGGAGAACCUGGAGCUCAACGGCAGCAUCCUGAGUGGUGGGUACCCUGCCUCGGCCCCCCUCCAGCGCAACUUCAGCAUUAAUUCUGUUGCCAGCACCUAUUCUGAGUUUGCGAAGGAUCCGUCCCUCUCUGACAGCUCCACUGUCGGGCUUCAGCGAGAACUUUCAAAGGCUUCCAAAUCUGAUGCUACUUCUCGAAUCCUCAAUUCGACCAACAUCCAGUCCUGAGAGGCCCUGAGCGGUCAGCCAGCUGUGGCUUCCUGUGCCUAGACUAGACCUAAUUAUCUAUGUGGCUUUCAUUUUUCUUGAGUUUAGGUGUGCUUGAGAAUCCGGACAGGUUCCACUACCACGGGCCUAACUUACAGAAGUGAAUGAGGGUCACAAAGUCCAUCAUAGGCUUAGUGGGUCUUCAAAGACUUGAUUUUGUUUUGACCCAAGAAAUACAUUAAAACUUAGUUCAUAGCAGUAAGUGCAAAUUUUAGCACAUGGAACCUAAUUUUUCUCUACCCCGUAAUUCUGCUUGCUGACGCACGAGCAAGGGCGUGUCGUAUUUCACCACGGUGUGGGAAAAGGAGUGUGCCGGUCCUUGGGGUAGGGACCUGAAGCAAUACUGGCUCGUGGGCUGUCACUAGUAAUUAACAUCUUUUUUGUCGAGGGACGCUGAGUUAACGCUCUGGCUACAGUAGCUUUGCGCUCACCUAAAGAUCUGUCUCCGCCACACAGGACAGCCUUCCUCCUGCUGAGGAUGUGUGUGUGUCAGAAGUGGAGAUGGCCUGACCUACUGCCAAAGAGGUGACAGGGAGGCUGGGAGCUCCUUUGUUAAACUGUGUACAGUUCUGUUAUUGUGCAAUGCCCUUUGUGGGGACGUGUGUGUGAACACAUGCCUGUCUGAACUCUGUUUCUGCAGUUUUCCUCUGGGUCGAGUCCCCCCAUCCCUCUGCCCGCUAGGUCCGAGUUCAUCUACCCCGGCAGUUGCCGAGUUGGGAGGCUGUUUGGAUGGGUUGGGCCGUUUCUGUUGUGGAGAUCUGGAACUUUGCACAAAUCGGUAUUGGGGAGUUGUUUCUGCUCCAGCGUCCACGUCUUUACCUACCCUACUGAUCACUACUGCUCUCCCCAAAGCACUAUUUAUUCUUACCUUGUCUGCCUCUGUCAGCACGUUCAAUGGUUCUCAAAACUCACCAGCAUGGAUUUGGUCUGUGUCCGCCAUGCUGCUUAGACGUAUACAUGUCCUGUUUUUAAAAUAUAAAUAUAUUCUUAAAAAUAAAUUAAAAUGUGUAUACUUACCUUUCAAAAA